GUGCAUUUUUUUUUUAAAGACAUUCAUUCAUAAAUACAUAAUGCUGCCUUCAGUAUAUAGGACCGCGGCUACAAAGUCGGUUAUCAAAACUCUAGUCCCUACUCUUGCCAGUACUAAUUUCCCCGCACAUAAUCUUGUCACACGCCGAUUCAAAUCGGAUAGUUUGGAGGAUGAGGAAUCUCGCCCACAUGCCGAUGUUUUGAUGAAUAUCAUCACGACUUCUAUUAAUACACACGCAACACCGGCCGCAGGCGCUGAGUCGUUCAGGAUGUCUCGUGGAUCUUUCCGCAAAGGAGAUACAUAUAAACCCUCGGACCUGAAUGAUACCAAAGCUACGGUUUAUGAGCCUCCUGCCAAACCUGUGGAUGAACUCAAGAUUUUGAAUCUCAAUCCUGUUGCAGAGUAUAAGAAUGCUUCGCUGUUGUCACACUACAUCACGCCAUUCGGACGUCUCAUGUCAAGGGAACAAACAGGACUCUCGGCCAAAAAUCAACGCCGAGUUUCUAGGGCUGUGCGUCGUGCGCGUGCUUUGUGCAUCAUCAGUCCUACUGCAAAAGUGUAGAAGUUUAAGGAGGGGGAUCGAUGGCUU